ACGACUACGUGAGCCUGAUAUAGCGACUCGUCCCUCUUGAUGCCAGUUGACGGCCGCUACUGGAUCGAUGCAAAACUUAGUAUCACUUAAUAUUUAUCAUUAGAUACAUGCUUAAUGCCACCAGCCAGUCGUCAUGUCAUCCAAGAAUGUUGUGGUGACGCUGGAGCUGGGUCAUAGAGCGACUGUGCGGCAACAACGAGGGAAUGAGGUUUUCACACAUGACUGGGAGGUCUUCGUCCAGGGGCCCAGUGGGACUCGUAUUGAAGCCUUUAUUGAAAAGAUUGUAUUUACUCUUCAUAAGAGUUUUGCAAAGCCCAAAAGAGUUGUGAGGACCUCACCAUACAAAGUAAGCGAGAAAGGAUAUGGGAGCUUCAACCUUCCUAUCGAAAUCUACUUCAGAACCAACCACCCUGAUGACACGCGCAGAGCUCAAUUCGAAUACGACUUAUUUUUGCAAAACGUGCAAUGUCCUCCAAUCACCUACCAGCGGAAAGAGAAGCUGACGUUCCUCAAGCCUUCCGAUGAUUUUAAGAAGAAGCUGUUACAGGGUGGCGGGGUUAUAGUGAUGGGGCAAGAGGACAGUAGUCAGGGGGAAAAGACAGCUGUGUCCAGACCAUCAAGUGGAGCUAAGAUCAAACCUCAUGCUGCUCCCCAGCACCAACCAGACACUGCCAAGAAGCACAAGCAUCAAACAUUCAAGGAAACAAAGAAGCAAGAGUCCAAAGUAUCAGAUCAGUUCUCUGCCUUGUUUGGUGAACCAAUCAAGAAGGUUGCUGACCAGAAGAAGCCCAGUAAAGAAAAACCUCCCAAAGAGAAAGAAAAAGUGCCUGAGAAAGUUAAUGAGAAGUACAAAGACAAACCUCCUGUAUCAAAAUCUAAUGAAAAGAAACCAAAGGAUAAACACAAAAGUGAGAAAAUAUCUUCUUUCUUUCCUCUGGUGAGCAAAUGGAGAUGCCAGCAAGUAAAAACAAGCAAAGAUGGGUGCCGCUGUGCGCAAAGAGAAAAAGAAACAUCCAAACGUUCAUCGUCCCCAUCAUCAAAACGAUCUGUGUCCCCUGCAUCAAAGCGAUCAUUGUCUCCGGCGUCAAAGCGAUCAUUAUCUCCGGCAUCUAAGCGAUCAUUGUCACCAGCUAGUAGUAUAAAAUCAGAUUCUAGUGCAAAAAGGAAAAAGUGUGAAACAGAAAGUACAAAGGUAGUAGUUGAGAAGACUAUAGAAGAAACAAAGGAAAAGAAAAAAGAAAAAAAGAAAGACAAGAAGGAAAAGCGUAGAGACAAAGAGGACGUACCUUCAGUGGAAGUUGACAGAGAGAAGCCUGUUGAGAAAGUGAUUGUAAAGACAGAAAGUUCCACAAAAAUGGCUGCUCCCAUGUUAAAAGAGGAACGAGUUGUGUUGCCUGUUAAGAGUGGAGAUAGAAGCCCAGCCAAGGAGAGAGUUAAGGUAGAACAUAAAGUAAAGAAAGGUGUACAUAAGGAAGCUGUCAAGGAGGAACCUGUGGUUGUCACACCUCAGGUUAAUGCCAAAGAAAAGAAGGUAAAGGAAAAACCUGUGCAUGUUCCACCACCAGCACCGCCACGAUCAAGAUCUUCAUCCAAGUCGUCAUCAAGAAGUCUCUCACCUUCGCUGUCACCUUCUAGGUCUCCUUCACCUGCGUGUUCAAGAUCAUCCUCAAAAUCUUCCAGAUCAAGGAGCCCUCCAUCACCUGCAUCUGUUGGGCGAGAGUCACCAUACAGAUCACCCUCCUUGUCUCGGUCUCGAUCGCCUGCGCGUUCCAAAUCUCGAUCACGUUCUAGAUCAAGUUCUGGAUCUCGAAGAUCAGUUUCAAGAUCACCAUCUGUGUCAAGAUCAAAAUCAAGGUCACCAUCUAGAUCCCCAACACACUCUAGGUCACCUUCUAGAUCACGAUCAAAGUCUAGAUCACGCUCCAGGUCAGCUUCAGGUAGUAGAUCACAGUCCAGUUCUCCCGCUAGAUCCAAGUCAAGGUCAGUCUCCAGGUCCCCCACACGUUCAGUUAGCAGCAGUUCCAGUGGUAGUUCACCAUCGCCAGUGUCUGUAGCAGAAAGUCAAUCUCAGGUUCCAGCUCCACGUACUGGCCCUCCACGGCCACCCCUUGCUGCUGGCACAGACUCCAGAGGGCCAACUAAUCCCUUGAGUAUCAUGAUGAAAGAGGUUAGUAGCUCUUCCAGUGAAAGUGAGGAACGAGGGAGUGCUGAUGGUAAAGGACAGGUGAAGGUACCCCUACGGUCACCAGCAGAUGCCAGUCGAUCAUCUCAUGCACCAGUUAGUCAACAGGUGUCCACAACACCUCGACAAAUAAAGAAGGAGCCAAUUAUAUCUAGUGAUGACGAAGUGACCCCCGUUGUCAAAGAUAAUUCGAGGGUCACGGGUAAGAGGGAACCGAUUACUCGCAGACCUCCACAGAGAGAAAAGAAGAAGCGUCGUUCACAACAGGACAACAGCAGCCCCAUCACAACCAACCUUCCCUCAUCAUCACCCAAGGAAACCUCAAAGACCGUGAAAGAAGAAGUUAAACAGGAGGAUGUAAAGGGAGUAAAGGAGGAAGCAACAGCUACGUCACGGUUAACCCCCGAGUACCUGCAGGAGCUGGUUGAGUUGCAGCACAAGAUUAUGAACUCAGUAGAUAGGGAUCAGCUACAGCAGGUGGUGGAUAUUAUAGCAGAACAUAGCAGUUUCCAGCUCACUCAUGCACAUUUCAACUUUGAUCUGUGUUCUCUUGAUGCUCAAGUUGUGAAGCAACUCCAAGGAUGCUUCUCAUAGUGAUUAAUCAACCCAUGGAUUAAAAGUUUAUCCAUGGACAAAAACCUUGGCAUCUGUACUCCAAGUACUUGGGCUUUUCAAAUAUCUCAUGAUGGCAGCACUGUAGACCUAACUACUUAUACUGUUGUAGGUAUUGAGUAGUGCAGUGAGAAAAGUGCCAGCAGGAAGUCUUGCUUGGUAUUUACUUGUGAAACUGGACCAUCUAUAGUCUGUGAUCUCAGCCCUUAUCUAGCACAACCUCAUGUGCAAUUAUUUAUGUAUUCCUGCCUCUUUGCCCAGCAUUGCAUGUCUCUUGUAUUUCAUUUACCUUUAGCAGCUGUUUGGUGAAUCUUAACAGUCAGUCUAUCUAAAAUCUCUAUUUUAAUACAGUUGCUGUUUAGGUCUGGACCCUAAUGUUUUGCUAUAAACUUUUAAAAGUUAUGUUGUUCCUAAUGUAUUUCUCAUUGCAUUUUUUGUUAUAAACCACAUUCUUAAAAAUAAAAAUACUCCUGGCAGUAGAUACUGUCUUAAAGUUUUUAUUUUCUGUUAUAAAUGUGAAAUUUAAUUAAUAAAUUCAUGGUUGUUGAUGAUAGUAUCAACAUUAAUGUGCAAUCAGGUUUUUAUUUAAAGAAAUUUGGAUCUUUUGUUUGCUCUAUUCAUUCUUUGAAAACCACCUUUGAAUCUCAAGAAUAUUUAUAUUGUUUUCUUGAAAGGGCUAACUUUAAUCUUUCUGUUUUGUACAUAUGUAUGAUAAUUUAUACAGUAUAUGACAUCAAUUUUUUAUCAUAAUUAUUUUUCAUUGCCUUGUUAUUGUUGUUGUCAACUUACGUUGAAUAUUGUUCGUGGUGAAGUGACACAGCUGCUUGUUGUGUGAGUGUGUAUGUGUGUAAAUGUAUAUAUGUGCAUGUUUAUUGUUUGCUGAAAAGUGAAAGUUAAAGUUGCACUGGUCUGGCUAGACCCAGUGUAGGUGACUGUACACUUCUGAGAGAAAUAAAAUGUAUUUUCUCAAAA